AUGAGUGAUACAGCAUUUUACACUUAUAACGGCGAUGACCACGACGCCGAACGUCCUGCGAAGAAACGUCGUUUUUUCGUCGAGGACGAGAACCAAGCUUCACGCAACGGUCACGACGUACAGAACGUUUCUCAGCAAAACGCCUCGUCACAGGUAGACAGUCCUGUCAAUGAAGGAAACGAUACUACUUGCGAAACAUUUCAGCAGGUCACAGAGAGCACUGCUCCAUGCCAACAGAUCCAAGAUGCUAAUGGGUUCGACGCUCAACUCUUCACGAGCAUUGUCGGUCAGGAUGUCCCAGAAUCUAUCAUCACAAAGAUUCGACAAGCCGCCGGAGGAAAUAUAGAAAGAGCUAUCAAUAUAUUUUUAGACGGAUCAUACGAAAGAAUAACCACCAGGCCUGCACCUCUCCCCGAACGACAGCGAGGAACCUUACCAACCGCUCUCGAAGUGCAAACCGAUACGACCAGAAAGACUACGAGGAAUACUUCCGAAUGGACUCCACCGGAGGGUGCAGAGGUUCUCCAGUACAUGCCUUCACAUCGGUACAUUGGAGCUUUCGGUGUAGCGGCUUGGGCUACCAGAAGUGGCUUAAACGUGCUUCGACACGGAGACAAAGUCAAGAUUGAAAGAACGAAAAUGCGCACGACAAAAAUAGGCCGAAAGGGAAGGGUUAUACCUAACCAAAAGGCAGAUGUUAUUACUCGCUUUACGAAUAUAGAAGGAGAAGAGAUAGGACGAUUACCGCAGGAAACAGCAGAAUGGGUCUCGACACUGAUUGAUCAGAAGAUCUGCGAUUUUGAAGGAUACUGUGUUUUUGCUCCUGAUUGGAUGCGAGUGAAUGACACAGUAUACCUCCAGUUGCACUGUUAUCUCAAAAGUGAUGCGUUCGUUAAAAAUGCGUUUUAUAAUAUAGACGACAACAGGACGGUUCAGCUAUUCGAACAAAAGGAGAGUACAGAGGAGAAGGAUUUGAGGAUACGGCAGAUUGCACUCGUUCGUCUUUUCGACGAGAUUGGUCUUCUACCGACUUCGACCAAUGAGACUACCGCCAAGCAUAAAAAAGAGGGCUUGCUUCGUGCAGCUGAAAUGGCCGAGCAGUACGAUAAAAAUAAGGAUAGACCCAAGGAAGCCACCGAUCUGGAAGACUCGGGCCCUGAUGAGGAGACAGCUGAAUUGGAGGAGGACCAUCUUGACACUUUAUACCAGAAAGCUCAAUCGUUUGAUUUCAAUACCCCCGAAGCACAACCUGCAGAAACAUUUGCCCUUGAUCUUCGCAAGUACCAGAAGCAAGCGUUGCAUUGGAUGCUCGCCAAAGAAAGAGAUACCAAAUCGAAUAGGGGGGAAUCAAUGCACCCUUUGUGGGAAGAGUACAAGUGGCCAGUGAAGGAUGCAGAUGACAAGAUCUUGCCAUGUGUUGAGCGACAGGAUGCCUUUUAUGUGAAUCCUUACUCUGGCGAGUUAAGUCUAGAUUUCCCUGUUCAGGAACAACACUGUUUAGGUGGGAUUUUGGCAGACGAAAUGGGAUUGGGCAAGACAAUUGAAAUGAUGAGCUUGGUCCACACAAAUAGGGAAACACCAGCUGCUCCGUCUUCGAUGGAUGAACUGCAUAGACAGUCCAUGUCUGCUACCGGCAUAGUUGCAGCGCCUUACACUACUCUGGUCGUUGCACCAACGUCACUCCUGGCGCAAUGGGAGAGCGAGGCCCAAAAGGCUUCGGCGCCAGGAACAAUGAAGACUCUCAUAUACUACGGAUCAGAUCGAUCAACGAACUUGAAAACUCUCUGCUCUAGGGCAAACGGUAUCAAUGCACCGAAUGUCAUUGUGACUAGCUAUGGUGUCGUAUUAUCAGAGUUCCGCAGCUUUGUGACACAAGGACAACACAAUCCUGCUGCACAUAUUGGGCUUUUCUCGCUUGAAUUCUUCAGAGUUAUUCUUGACGAAGCGCACCUCAUCAAGAAUCGACUCUCUAAAUCUGCUCGCGCAUGCUAUGAGCUUAACGCUAUCCAUCGAUGGGUGUUGACCGGUACGCCAAUCGUGAAUCGACUAGAAGAUCUUUUCAGUUUGGUACGCUUCUUGAAGGUUGAACCAUGGAGUAAUUUCUCCUUCUGGAAGACAUUCAUUACGGUUCCAUUUGAGUCUAAGGACUACGUCCGCGCAUUGAACGUGGUCCAAAGUGUUCUUGAGCCGCUUGUACUUCGUAGAACGAAGACGAUGCAAACUCCGGAAGGCGAAGCAUUGGUCCCUCUUCCUCCACGAACAGUUACAAUUGAGGAGGUUGAACUCUCCGAAGACGAGCGAGCAAUCUAUGACCUCGUUUAUUACCGUGCAAAGAGAACAUUUAAUGAUAAUGUCGAGGCCGGAACGCUAAUGAAAUCUUACUCGACUAUCUUUGCGCAAAUCUUACGUCUCCGUCAAACAUGCUGUCAUCCAAUUCUGACGCGAAAUAAAGCUAUCGUUGCCGAUGAGGAGGAUGCGGCAUUAGCCGCUGACGCGGUGAAUGAGAUGAAGGAUGAUAUGGACUUGCAAGAGCUCAUUGACCGCUUUACCAAAUCCACGGAAUCAUCGAGUACAGCCCAAUCGCAGGAUACGGCGUCUCGAUUCACGACACAUGCUUUGCGACAAAUCCAGAAUGAUACCAGUGCCGAAUGUCCUAUCUGUUCAGAGGAACCAUUGAUUGAGCCUGCAGUUACGGGAUGCUGGCAUAGUGCCUGCAAAAAAUGUCUUGAGAACUAUAUCCGGCACCAGACUGAUAAAGGAGAACUGCCACGAUGCUUUUCAUGUCGCGCUCCUGUAACACGACACGAUAUUUUUGAAGUCAUUCGAUAUCAGUCACCCAGCAGCACACCGGAUGAAAUCGAUACUUCAACACCGCCAACCUCGUCACAGCCAGCACCAAGAAUAUCCUUGCGGCGUAUAUAUCCUCUAUCUCCAUCAGCUCAUACCUCAGCCAAAAUCCACGCUCUCAUCACCCAUCUUCUAAAAUUACCACCAAACUCCAAAUCCGUCGUCUUCUCCCAAUUCACAUCAUUCCUGGACCUGAUCGGUCCACAACUCACAAAAGCCGGUCUAACCCACCUACGCCUCGACGGCUCAAUGCCACAAAAGGCCCGAGCCGAAGUCCUCCGGCAAUUCAACCGUACCGAAAUCUACGAAGAACUCGAAUCUGACGAAGAUGCCCCUAAAGACGGAGGUGCAUCAGCGACCCACAGCAAACCCCCACAACCAUCCCCAAGCAUCCUCCUAAUCAGCCUCCGAGCAGGUGGCGUGGGCCUCAAUCUCACCGCGGCCAACAACGUAUUCAUGAUGGACCCCUGGUGGAGUUUUGCCGUUGAAGCACAAGCAAUCGACCGCGUGCAUCGCAUGGGUCAAUUACGUGAAGUCUCCGUGACACGAUUUGUGGUUAAGGAUUCGAUUGAAGUGCGUAUGUUGCGGGUGCAGGAACGAAAGAUGAAUAUUGCAGGUUCAUUAGGGUUGAGGGUUGGUGGUGAUGGGACGGAGGAUGAUAGGAAGAAAAAUCGGAUUGAGGAGUUGAGGCUUUUGUUUGAGUAG